CAUUUCCGACGUACUUCCGCCCACUUCCUGCUUGGUAACUAAGCAACGAAGACUCGCUAGCGCUCUAAUAGGUGUCCGUUGCCAGGCAACGAAGAGACGCGCCAACAUCUGCUGGACAGAAGAGCGGAGAACCUACGGUGAUGGCUACGGCGUCCGCCCCUGUGGUGCAGUAUGGCAGGAGGAAAGGCUCCAGUAGAAGGCAGGCAGCCGGGAAUCGUACGAUUCUCGGCUGUGAUUUAUCGAUAAAGCCCGUGGAUUUGCGUCAAGUCGCCGUGCUUCCCAAAGCAGACUGGGAACGGAUUGUGAAUUAUAAUAACACAUUGGAAAUUGAAGCAAGGAGGCUUUAUGAAGAGAGGAAGGAGGAGGAAGCCUUGCAUUUACGUUCCCAGGAAGUGGUAAAAAACUGGACCAACACCAUAUCUGGUUUGAGGCAGAAGAGGCUAAAAGCAAAGCAGGUUCGAGAGGAAAAAGAAGAGGAAGAAAAGAAGAAAAUUGAUCUGGUGGAGGCCCAUUAUCAGGCAGAGAAAAGAAGAGAAGCUAUUGAGAAAGCCAGGACCGACCAAUACUACCAGACUGAUAAAGUCAAGACCUUCCAUAGUGCGCUGCUACUUACCGAAGUCAGGAAAGAACAAGAUGCACAACUAGAGCUCAAAAAUAAGAUCAUGAACAUGAGCAAUAAGCAAGGCAAAGACACUCUGGCUAACAUGCAGCGAGAACUGGAAGAAAGUAUUUAUAAUGACCAGCAGAAAGCACUGCAGAGCCUCACAGAAAGAAAGAAGAACGCAAAUGAGCUUUUCAAGCAGAUGGAGGAUCACAGACAUGCUGCUGAACUGGAGAAACAAACUAACUACAGAGAAGGUGAAGAAAUCAGAAGACUGACCAGACUGCACGAGUGGGAAAUGAACAAGCUGGCUAAACUGAAACUGGAAGAGAAAAAAGAAUUAAUGAGAGCCCAUUUGGCACAUGUCGCCGACACAAACUUGCUCAGAGAAAUUGAGAAAAGGAAGGAAGAAGAGAAUGAUGACUUGGUACGUCGCUUCAUUCUUGCGAAGAAAAAGAUGUCCAACUUGAAAAAAGAGAGAGAGGAUGAAUUACACAGGCAAACAGUGGAACGCAGGGAUCGAAUCUCAGGACUGCUGGCAGCACAAAUGAAACAGAAAGUUAUUGAUGAAGCGGAACGUAUAAAAAACGCUGAAGCAGAAAUGGAAGCCAAAAACAAAAAAGAAACUGAGCAAAAAGAAAAGAAGAUGAAAGCAGAUAUCAAAGCCAUCACUGAGCAUAGGCUUAGAACGAGAAGAGAAAAAGAAGAGGAAGAAAAAGCAGAGAAGUUGAAGGCAUUACAAGCUCUUUAUGAAAUAAGAGAGGCGGAUAAUUUCUUCUUUGAUCAGCAGAAAGAGAAAAUGAGACAAACAGAAGACCAAUGUAAGAAGGUGCAAUCAAUGCAGAUCCAACAGAUGGCUGAGAAGAAAGUCAUGUCGCAGGCAGAAAAAGAAGCAGAGGUAGCUUAUGACCAACAGAAUGAAGCUUUGAUGAUAAAGGAAGAGGAUGCUUUCCAGGAGUACGCCAAACAAGUGAUUGAUUCGGUCACCAAAGCCGGAUGCAAUGCAUACACACUGAAGAAAGCAGCUCAAUCUGGCACUGGUGGGGGCCACGGUCCAGUUUACUCCGGCAGGGGAGGCAUUCGGCCAAGUUACCUAGUACAGGACACCAGUGGAGUCCAGCUACCGGCUUACCAGAAUGGCACUACCCAGCAAAUAAAGGAGAUCUACGAUACUGGGAAUAUCCAGCAAGCGAAGAGAAAACUUGGUUUUACAUACUGAUACAGGAUUGUUCCACAUUUACACAACUGUGCAAGGAGACAAUAUGUGGCCUGCCAUUGCUGACCCAUCCUAA